AUGGAAAUACCCGCGAAACUAUCCGCGAUUGCAGGCUGGGAGGACGUGUCCACGACGCAUGCGGAACAGAUCGCCCACACGGCCACCGUAGAGGGUCCCGUCCUGCUGGAGAACGAAAACACCAUGCCGCUAAAGAAGAACGACACCGUCGCGCUCAUCGGCCCCUACGCCAACGUUAGAGAUCGCCGCAUCAGCGCUGCUCCUGAGCCGGAUGACUUCGACCCCUACGAUAUUUAUAUAGACGACAACAGGGCUGGGUCGGUUGAAACCACUAUCGAAGAGGAUGAUGAAGUACUGGUUCAUCUUGGUCCCUCUCGAGUCCUGCCAACCCGCGAGCAGUCACCGGCGGAGCCAACAAGAUGCGGAAACCGAAUUAUUGACUAG